UCAACAUGGCGGCAAAAUGAAAAUUUGUGCAAAAGAACUCUGAGCCUUCCGACUCCUCACGCCAGUUUGCUGACUUUGCCAGGGCACAACAUAGAUCUUGGGGGGCAUCUUGGGGCAUUUUUUGUUGUUGUACAACGCUACUGAUAGAGGAAAAGAAACGUUUGCCGUAACAUCUGAUACUCUUGCACAGCAGGCUCUUCACAGACAUCAACAAACCCAUCAUGGUGUUCUUGAAGAUCCGUGGUGUGGACGUGGAUUUCCCCUUUGAGCCCUACGCUUGUCAGCGGUCGUACAUGGAGAAAGUCAUUCAGUGUCUACAGGAGGGCACCAAUGGAGUUUUGGAAAGUCCCACAGGAACAGGCAAGACCCUGUGCCUCCUCUGUGCUACCCUUGCCUGGCGUUCAGCGUAUGUGGCCAAGAUGCAGUUUGAAGGACUCAAGCAACACUUCACAAAAGACGAGGAGGGUCAGUCCUCCACAUAUGGCCAGAUGCUGGCCAAUCAGUUAGGAGGGGCAGCUGGCUGGGGAAACACUGAACAAACUGCUGGUCCCUUUAUGGAGAUACCAAAGAUAAUUUAUGCCUCCCGCACCCAUUCCCAGCUGUCACAGGCAGUGGCAGAACUGAAGAAUACUUCGUACAGCAACCUGAAAGUGUGCAUUCUUGGGUCUAGAGAACAGCUGUGUAUUCAUCCUGAGGUUCAGGAACAGACCAGCAACUCUGCAAAGGUUCACAUGUGCAAGGCAAAGACAUCCUCCCGACUUUGUGUCUUUCACAACAACCUAGACGAAAAGAAAAGUGAGAAAGAGUUCAGCGAGGCCCCACUGGACAUUGAAGACCUGGUCAAAGUAGGCAGAAAACAUAAGGUCUGUCCCUAUUACAUGGCACGAGAGCUGAAGUCAUCAGCUGACAUUAUCUUCAUGCCUUACAACUACCUACUGGACCCAAAGUCACGGAAGGCACACAGCGUGGACCUGAAGAAUCACAUCAUUGUGUUUGAUGAGGCCCACAACUUGGAGAAAAUGUGUGAGGAGUCGUCCUCCUUUGACCUGACGGCCUAUGACCUGGCAUCCUGUGUGGAGGAGCUGGACAACCUCCACAAGUCUGUGGCUGAGAUCGAAGUACUGAACGAAAAGUUUCACACAGAAUCCUCCACACCACCUGACUUCAGUGCUACUGAGUUGAUCAAGUUGAAGAGUAUGCUGUUAGAAUUGGAGAAGAAAAUUGACUCUCUUCCAUUACCUGCCAAUGGGUCAGGGAUAACCAAACCUGGAAGUUUCCUCUAUGAGCUGUUUGCUGAGCUCCAGAUUACCUUUGAGACAGCACCUAUCUUGCUUGAGGUUCUUGACAAGGUAGUUUCCUAUGCCACCACCAACACUGGGACCAGUGUAGUGUUCGGUAACAAAGCUGCAGGAGUCUCCAAGUUGGGUGAUGUGCUCAAGAUUGCUUUCAGCCACGAUUCCUCAGCCGCUCAACCGGGGAGCAAUUUAGCCAACGUGUUGUCUAACUAUUACAAGGUUUACGUAAAGCCAGAGGAGGGAUUCCAGAAAAAGUCCAAGGCUAAUGCAGACCCCUGGGGAACAACAUCGUCCAAGCCCAAGAAGCAGGGCCGCACCCUGAGCUACUGGUGCUUCAGUCCCGGCCAUGCCAUGCAGGACCUGGCCAGACACGGGGUCCACUCCAUCAUCCUCACCAGUGGAACUCUGUCUCCACUAGAAUCCUUCACUGCAGAGAUGCACAUUGACUUCCCAGUGCACCUGGAAAACCCUCAUGUCAUCGAGCGUCACCAGGUGUGGCUGGGCAUGGUUACCAAAGGUCCAGAUGGUGUCAAGCUCAACUCCUCCUAUGAGAACAGGAAUUCUACUGAUUACAUCAACUCCUUGGGCAAUGCAAUAGUGAACUUUGCCAGGAUUGUGCCCAAUGGUCUGCUGGUGUUUUUCCCAUCAUACCCUGUGAUGAAUAAAUGCCUGGAGGUCUGGCAGGAAUCUGGGGUAUCAAACAGCAUCAGCCAGUACAAGACAAUGGUGGUGGAGCCCAGAGGGAAGACACAGUUUGUGGAGGCAAUGGAGCAGUUCUAUGACAAGAUCAAUGAUCCAACCUUAAAUGGAGCAGCUUUCUUUGCCGUGUGUAGGGGCAAGGUAAGUGAGGGGCUGGACUUUGCAGACAUCAAUGGCCGAGCAGUGGUCAUCACAGGACUGCCCUUCCCGCCCAGGAUGGACCCCAAGGUCGUGCUCAAGAUGGCCUUCCUGGACGAAGGAAAGAAUGCCGCCAAGGGCUUGACAGGUCGUCAGUGGUACAGGCAGCAGGCCUCCCGGGCUGUGAACCAGGCCAUCGGGCGAGUCAUCAGACACAGGCUGGACUAUGGUGCCAUCCUCCUGUGUGACCAUCGAUUUACAUAUGCUGAUGCCCGAGCUCAGCUCCCUUCUUGGGUCCGGCCCUACGCCACUACUUACAACACCUUUGGUCAGGCUAUCAAAGAUCUCACCAGUUUCUUCAAAACUGCAGACAGAACACUCCCUCAACCUGCAGCCAAAAACAAGACCAAAGUACCAGUCACGACUGCCAGCUUCCAACCCAGCCACAGCCGAGUCACAGCAGGUGUCUCAGGUGCCAGCUGCAGGAACAGCUGUCAGGAGGCACGUAGGAUCGACUCCCACGUGCCCAGCUUAAGGCGCAGCCCAGAACCGAGGUCCUUUGACAAACUGAAAGUUGGAUACACAUCACAUGAACCUGGGGCAACAAACCAAGAGACCUGUGUCCAGCACAGGACUGUUCGAUGCACUGAAGGAAGUGGAGGACAGGAAGGAAGAAGAAGUUGAAGAUGACAUGUGGACAGACUUUCUCAACAGUCAGGACUCCAGUUCAUCAGCAAGACCCAUGGCAAAACCGAUGAGGAAAAGAAUUAGAAUUGUGAAG